AACAAACUUUUGCAGACAGGAAGUGUAAACAUUUCAAAGUUUGCUGUGGUCGAAACCACUGCAGAUGUCUGAGCUUUGUGUAAAAGGGAAGGAAGAACAGACAGGCUGUACUCAGGAGGAGAAGCAGAGCGACAGUGUCCGUGCUGGAUGUGAAGAUGGGGCACACUUUGCUCUGUGUGCUGGGGUUAUUCUUGCUGAAUACACUCCUCUACGGACACGCUGAAGAGAGUGAAGCAAUCCUGGAAGUUCCUCAUUUCACUAUGUUUGAAGGAGACUCAGUGACUCUGCGCUGUAGGCAUCGUACUCCAGGAAAUGAGAUGAAAGCUUCCUUUAUCAAAGAUGGAUCACCUCUUAAAAUGGAAACAAACCAUCCUUCACUCAGUUUAGUAGAAAUGACCAUUAAUCCAGUGUCAGUGUCAGAUGGAGGAACUUACAAGUGUAAAUUUGAUGAUGGGGCAGAAUCUGAAGAAAGAGAACUGAAAGUGGAAGUUCGAAACAGGGUUGAUGUGAUCCUGCAACCCAACUGGCCUCAGAUAUUCAGAGGAGAGACGAUCACUCUCAGCUGUGAGAUCCAGGAUGUUGGAGACACAGAGUGGGAGUAUGAAUGGAGGACACCCAGCUCAGAAACACCUCCACAACACAAAGAAUACAGGAUCAGCAGAGCUACUGAGUCCCACAGUGGAGACUACAGCUGUAAGGGUCGAAGAGACUAUUUGUUAACACAGUGGAGUGAUGUCAUCACAUUGACAGUAUCAGCAGAUAGACCUAAGCCCACACUGACAGCAGACAAAACCAUUAUACCAGUGAGGGGCGCUGUGACACUGAGCUGUUCUGUGGAGGGCUCUGCUGACUGGAAAUACUACUGGUUCAGUCGUACAUCACGCUCUUCUGGAGCUCAGCGCUUAAGGGAUGGUGGAGCAGACAAAGCUAUCAGAGUCUCACAAGGAGGUCUGUACCACUGCAGAGGAGGAAGAGGAGAUCCAGAGACCUUCACUCGGGACAGUGAUACAGUCACCAUUCAGAAAACUGUGUCCAACAGGGCCGUUGUGACUCUCCAACCCAACUGGCUUCAGAUCUUCAGUGGUGAGAAGUUCACUGUCAGAUGUGAGAUCCAGGGAGGAGGAGACACUAAAUGGACGUAUGAAUGGACACCAGCCAAAUUAAACAGACCUCCAACAGACAAUGAAUACAGGAUCAGCAGAGCUACUGUGUCCCACAGUGGAGACUACAGCUGUAAGGGUAGAAGAGACUCAUAUUCCUCAACAGAGUGGAGUGAUGUCAUCACACUGACAGUAUCAUCACAGAGACCAAAGGCUGAACUGAGCGCUGACAGGAGAGACUUUCCAGCAGGGGGCAGUGUGACCCUGAGCUGCUCUGUGAACCUGUCAUCUGGUUGGAAAUACUUCUGGUACAGAGGAGAGAAAACCUCUGAACCCCUGAACACACAAGAUGCUGUCUUCAUCUCAGAUGGACAAAUCAGUGUCUCACAGGGAGGACUCUACUGGUGCAGAGGAGGAAGAGGAGACCCAGUUUACUACACAGAGGACAGUGAUGCAGUCGGUAUCGACAAAAUUAUCCCAAACAGGGCUGUUGUGACUCUGCAACCAAACUGGUCUGAAAUAUACUCAGGAGAGACGAUCACUCUGAGAUGUGAGAUCAAGAACGGAGGAGACACUGAGUGGGAGUACGAGUGGAAAACAACGAGCUCAUACAAACCUUUAAAAGACAGUGAAUACAGGAUUAAAUAUGCUUACUUAUCCCACAGUGGAGACUACAGCUGUAAGGGUAGAAGAGACUCAUAUUCCUCAACAGAGUUGAGUGAUGUCAUCACACUGACAGUAUCAUCACAGAGACCAAAGGCUGAACUGAGUGCUGACAGGAGAGACUUUCCAGCAGGGGGCAGUGUGACCCUGAGCUGCUCUGUGAACCUGUCAUCUGGUUGGAAAUACUUCUGGUACAGAGGAGAGAAAACCUCUGAACCCCUGAACACACAAGAUGCUGUCUUCAUCUCAGAUGGACAAAUCAGUGUCUCACAGGGAGGACUCUACUGGUGCAGAGGAGGAAGAGGAGACCCAGUUUACUACACAGAGCACAGUAAUGCAGUCAGCAUCAACAAAAUUAUCCCAAACAGGGCUGUUGUGACUCUGCAACCAAACUGGUCUGAAAUAUACUCAGGAGAGACGAUCACUCUGAGAUGUGAGAUUAAGGACGGAGGAGACACUGAGUGGGAGUACGAGUGGGAAACAACGAGCUCAUACAAACCUUUAAAAGACAGUGAAUACAGGAUUAGAUCUGCUUACUCAUCCCACAGUGGAGACUACAGCUGUAAGGGCAGAAUGAAAAGUGCACAGCAGACUUCAACAGACUGGAGUGAUCCUGUCAAAUUAACAGUCUCAUACAAUAGACCCCAGCCUGUCCUCACUGUGUCUCCAUCCUGGCUGAGUCCUGGAGCCUCAGUAACUCUGAGCUGCAGAGUUAAAGAUCCAUCUGCAGGAUGGAGGUUCUUCUGGUUUAAGGCUGUUCCCAAACUAUCAGGCAACUACUACGACCAAGAGCUGCUACCUGGCAGCAGCAACGGGACUGAACAGGAUUCCUACAUCGUUCAUGGACAGACACACACAGCAGGAUAUAAGUGCAGAGCUGGAAGAGGAGAUCCAGUGUAUUACACUUCUUACAGUGAACCAAAGUUUGUCUGGUCUGCAGAUUUUCAUUCAUCAGCGUCUCUCACAGUGAGUCCUGACAGAGUGCAACACUUCACCUCUGACUCUGUCUCACUGAGCUGUGAGGGAAACUCUACUGAGUGGAGAGUGAGGAGGUUUACUAAAGACCGCUACCUGUCAUACUCAUCAUACUGCUCCUACUGGGGCACAAUGACUGGAUCCACAUGCAGCAUAAACAGUAACCAGCAGAGUGAUGCAGUGUACUGGUGUGAGUCUGGAUCAGGAGAGUUCAGCAACGCAGUCAACAUCACUAAACAGAAUGAACAUAUUAUCCUGGUGAGCCCUGUCCGUCCUGUGACUGAGGGAGAUCCUGUUAGUCUCAGCUGCAAGUUGAAGAGAGAAAAAUUAGUUUCAGAUGUGUUUUUCUAUCGAAAUGACAAACUGAUUCAAAAUGAUAGCAGAAGGGAGCUGAACAUCUCUGCAGUGUUGAAGUCAGAUGAGGGUUUCUACAAGUGUCAACACUCAGGAGAAGAGUCAGCACAGAGCUGGAUGUCAGUUAAAGUGUCCAGGCCUGAAAGCUCUUCAGUUCCUGUACCGUUGAUUGUUGGGCUGGUUUGUGGAAUCGUACUUAUUCUUCUUCUGCUCCUUUUGUAUCGCUACAGACCGUCCAAAGAUUCCUGCUCCAUCAGGCCAAUCCAGUCUGAGAGCACUAAUCGAGGUUCUGCUGAAAACUACUCCUCUCCUGUCCACGUGGCUGCAGGUGAUGCUCCUCUCUAUGAAACAAUCAAAGGCUUUGAAAACACACAGAGUGUUGCAGAUGAGUCCCAGGAUUUCACAUAUUCUUUGAUCGAGCUUAAAAACAUUGGAAAGAAGAAGAAGCGACAUGAACCAGAGGAGGUCUGUGUUUACUCUGAGGUGAACGCUGGGACUGCAGGAAAAUCACCUCCUGCAGCAGCUAAUGAAACAGUUUAUUCUGAAGUCAAACCAGGAACAGCUCUUGGUCUGUAAAGAGAGCUGAGUUGGUAAAGAAAAAUGGUCGACAGCAUUUUAUAAACUUACUGUGUGGACGUCUGCUUUCAAACAUGAGACGUGUUCAGUGUUUUGUUGUUAAUUUAUCAGCAGAUUAUAAAAAAAAUUACAUCAUGUGGAUUUAAUUACUUUCUAUUUUAGCACAAAGCACAAGUACUACUGAUAUGUAUUUUGAUUUAGUAUUUAUGGGCUGCAUAUUAUUAGUUUUCAUUUUGUCAUUUAUUUUCAACUCUUCUUUAAGUUUGCUACAGUAUGUUUGAGCUUUAGUACCCAGGUGAUUAUAGUCAGCGUCUUUUUCAGAGUUGAAUGAGAAAGAUCAAGUUCAACAGUUACUUUAUGUCAUGAUCUGCUAUCGAACAACAUAUCCUCACAUGUAAAUGUUUUUCUCUUCAAAAAUAUAUUUGUGAAAGUUUU